AAUGGGAGCUUUCAAUACAAGAAGAAAAUUAAAAGGAGCUGUUCUAGCAGCAGUUUCCAGUGCAAAGUGGAAAAAAGAAGGGGAGGAAGAAUGUCUCGUAGAUUUCCAAGAUGAUGACGUCACAAGUGCAGCCGUAAGCUUGAUUUUGGAUAGUUUGGAAGAAAUUCAAUGCUUGACAGAAGACGAUGAGAGACACGCUCAUUUUGUUGAUUCGGUUCUUCAAGAUCGGAAAUUGUACGCCUUAUUGCAGGUUUGUACUAUAGAGUUUAAUAUGAUCUAAUGUUCUCGGCUUCCUCUCUGUUUAAAGAGAAAUCUUAUUUGAAAACAAACAAUCUAAUGAGUAGGUUUUGAAAUCGUUUAAAUCUGUAGAAGCUAUGUAAUUUGUUUUCUUUCGUGCCUUGGUGAGGUUGCUAUAACCUUUCUAACUCCUUUCCAAGAAUUAGAAGAGUUACUUACUGAUGGAAUGUUAAACGUUAAGGGUAUUUUUAUACAUAAUUAUCAAAGAUGGUUAUAGUAGCUUGAAUAGUAAGAUAUGGAAUUGCGUGCAUUUUCUAACGAAAUAUAUGCAGAUUACGG